UGUAUCUCUUUGGAGCAGAAACCCAGUCAGUAUAAUACAGAGAGAGAGAGAGAGAGAGAUGAAAACGCGAAGGGGAUUGUCGUUUUCGGAAAUGGAUUUGUCUGAAGAGAGAAGAGUGUUCAAGAGAAGGAAAAGUCGUGCCGCCGCCGCCGCAGGCGGCGGCGGCGGCGGCGGCGAAGAGCGUAGUAGUGGUCGGAAAAAACCGAAGUUGUCGACUGAUGAUGUCGGGAAAGUAGACUACUUUGAUUCUUUGCCUGACGAUAUCGUACUCUCUAUUCUCUCAAAACUCAGUUCUAAUGCCGAUUGCCCAGCGGAUUUUAUUACGGUUUUGAUCACAUGUAAGAGGCUAAACGGGUUAGGGUUCAACCCGCUGGUGUUGUCGGCGGCUUCCCGGAAAAUGUUAGCCGUGAAAGCUCAGAACUGGUCGGAGUCGGCUCACCGGUUCCUGAAGCUUUGUGCCGAUGCCGGAAACUUUGAAGCUUGCUACAUUCUCGGCAUGAUUCGGUUCUACUGUUACCGGAACCGGGGAAGCGGCGCUUCGUUUAUGGCAAAGGCGGCGAUUAAAUCGCACGCGCCGGCGCUGUACUCGCUGGCGGUUAUGCAGUUCAAUGGCAGCGGCGGGUCGAAGACGGAUAAGGACCUGCGAGCCGGAGUCGCGCUUUGCGCACGCGCGGCUUCGGUCGGCCACGUCGACGCGCUGCGGGAGCUGGGGCACUGUUUCCAGGACGGCUACGGCGUGAAGCGGAACGUGCCGGAGGGGCGGCGGUUUCUGGUCCAAGCCAACGUCCGGGAAGUGGCUAACGUGCUGGCGACGACGCCGGCGGCCGUCCUCCACGGCGGGUCGUGGGUGGCGUGGAACCCGCUCCAGCACCACAUGGGCGGCGGGACGAGCUGUCCGUUACUGAGCGAUUUCGGGUGUAACGUCCCGUCUCCGGAGCCCCACCCGGCUAAUAAAUUCCUAACGGAUUGGUUUACAGCUAAGGGCGGGGUUCCGGGUCCGGGGCUCCGUCUUUGCUCCAACGCGGGUUGCGGGCGACCCGAAUUGCGUAGGCACGAGUUCCGUCGCUGCUCCGUUUGCGGCUCCGUUAAUUAUUGCUCACGCGCUUGCCAGGCGAUGCAUUGGAGAUCAGUCCACAAGUCGGAAUGUGUGCCGGCGGAGCGGUGGCCCGACGCCGCACUGGAAAUUCCGGCAGCCCAGGAGCCGGCGGCGAACGUUAUGGUUAACGGAAACGGCGAGGAAAUCGGGAUUGAAAACGGCAUGGCGCCGAUGUAACUCAAUGGACAAUGGUAACGGAAGAUCGACAAUGACGGUGACGGUAACGGCACAUGAGUCCUUUAUAAAAGGGGGUAAGAACUAAGAAUUAUGAAACGGAAAUAAGAAAAAUUUUGGGCGGAAUAUUCAAUUUGUCAUUUUCCAUUGGCAAUGUUUUGUAUAGAGGAAGGAAUUAAUUAUUUUUUUUUAUCUUUAAAUUAAUUUUAAAAUAUUAGAUUUGUAGCCUUAAACUUUAGAAAUUUUGGAAAUUAAAGAUGAUCUCUUUAGAGUUAAA